CAGUAAUGUGAGUCUUACCUAAGCAAGAAUCCACCUCCGAAGAAAUUGAGACUGUGAGCGUCUGGUCGAAUCCGUAAUGUAUUAGGCAAAAGUUAAUUGACAGUUGUUGAAUCUCACUAAAUUGUAUUCAUUUGGACAAUUUCACAUUCAUAGCUUAGCCAGAGAUGGGGACCACUGAGAAGGAGAUGGAUGAGCCGAGUGAGGAGCACAUCUACUGCUGUGGAGCCAUCACCGAGGUGCUUAAGUUUGGAGCAGGAGACCUGCAUGGCAUCAGUGCCAGACUGCUGUUUCUGGUCAUCCCAGGUAACCCAGGUGUGGUGGGCUUCUACAAGACCUUCAUGCAGACACUCUACCAGGCGUUUGGCCAGCGUCACCCAGUCUGGGCGGUCAGCCAUGCAGGACACUGCAAUCCCCCUGGUGCCAUGGACAUGAUCGAAGACCCGUCUGUGACAGAGGCCAGGGAUGUGUUUGGUCUGAAUGGGCAGAUUGAGCACAAGCUGGCCUUCCUGCGGAAGCACGUGCCCAGGGAAACACGGCUGGUGCUGCUCGGCCACUCCAUUGGGUGCUACAUCAUCCUGGACAUGAUGCAGAGGGACCCUGGCCUAAAGGUGCUGAAGUCUGUGUUGCUUUUCCCCACCAUCGAGCGCAUGGCAGUAACCCCACAGGGCAAGGUCAUGACCCCGGUGUUGUGCCACCUGCGCUACGCGACAUACGUGCCCAUCUUCCUGCUGUCGCUGCUGCCCGAGAGGCUGAAGGCCUGUGCCGUGCGCUGGGUGAUGCGCGGUCUGCGCACCUUCGACCAUGCCACCGUACCCGCUACCGUCAGCCUCAUCAGCGUGGAUUCUGUUGACAGAAGCAGAUCAUUCCUUAUCCUCAAAGGCUGGCCAAGGCAGUACGCCCAGGCUACUCUCACAUGCAAGUAUACUGAGCUGGCACAAGCGCUCGUGAGAUCACCAAUGAAGACACGCAGGGCAGGAUUGUAAUAAAGUGUUAACAAAAAAAACAUGCUCCCAUUUAGCCCCUACUCAUCUGGGCCCAGGCCUCUAAUCCAAACGUGGAAACCCAUGGUCCCGAUCCAGACAGCCUGCCACCACAAGACCUCCAGGAACAUACCCGGCCUGCCACGAGUGAGUGAGUGAUAACUGUUUCAGACGUCCCCUGACAGCGCAAUGAUUGGUAAAAAGGCCUUUGGUCACCAUUACCCCCAUUUCCAAAUAGAUUUCAAACAUCCGUAGCUUUCACCAAUCGCCCUACCAGACCAGCGGUGAACCGCAAUUUACGACUGAAUCAGAUAAUGUCACUGUUGUUCCUAAAAUGUUGGCAAAAAUGGCUGCCAUUAUCCGUUUUUUUGAAGUGGACAACAAAACUUUGCAGAUCCACAUCUGUGGUAAACCAUGAUGGACUCGAUAAGAUGAUGACUAAAUGGUAACUCCAACAUGCAGUAUGCUCACUUGCAGUCAAAAUAUGUUUGUGGUGGGGGGAGUGUAAGAAGUUAUACCUCCGGCGACCAGCAUAUUCUCUUUGUAAAAUUCUGAGCCAACUUGUCUGUCAGCAGUGGCUCUCACAUCUUGGAUGGACCUGAGAGCAUCUGCCUGUGUAGAGCCCCUCAGAGAGAGAGUGGCUCACUCUUGCAGUGCUGGACUCGGGCUCGGGAGGCUGCAGAAGCAUCCGGGGCCCAGUGGGACGUCUCCUCCGUGUGAGCAUGGGGAGAAGCAUAUGGGCUAGGAGCUUCAGACAGCGGUAGUUGCACAAUAAGUAACCAGAUAGCCCAUGAAAGAAAGAAACAGACACACACACACAUCAACAAUGAAGUGCACAAUGCAGUGGGGGGGAUCAUAUGAAACUACAGUCAAAUGCGCAGCAUUCUCCAUUUAUCUGUGUAUAGAGUUAUGUAGUGUAAGUAGCUACUGGUCUAUCUACAUAGUUGUCUGAUUAUUUAGCAGUUCAGGAUGUUUUAUAGGUGGUAUAGUAAUAUUGGUAGACUUGGAAAGAAUCAGUAGGUGUAGCGGAUGCAUGAAGGAAUAGACUUCAAUUCAGUCCUGGGGUUACAUAGCAUACCUUUUGGUUUAGCGUAUACUCUGGAUCUAUUUGCCAUAUUGGACAGACGCUUUGUUUUGCUUGCUCCUCAGCAAAAGGUACAGGGACCGAAGCACGCAACGGUUGUAUAAAAUCAAACCACUCAAUUCAAGACCUCUCUGGAAAAACACUGGGGGGGAAUAAAAUCAUCAAAAGAAAGCAGAUAUAAUGAUUGAAAUAUGGUCGCUGUUGAGAAGUCAUUUCUAGAAUGUCAUAUCAAAGUCGACCACACAAAUUCCUGAUUUAACACACCACUGUUUCCUCCCUUCGUUUCUUCCCCCCGUGAGUAUAUUGGAGAAUAUUGGACUGUUGUCUGUGCAUGACCUCAUAUCUGGGGGGCAAGGUAUUUGUUUAGAUAUGUUGUAUGGCUUUAUGUCUGUUUCAGAGGUUUUUUACGGGCCCACAAAGGCACCCCGGGACGGGAUGCGUUAGACCCGCUACAAGACGGCAUCCGUCCAGAGAGGGAGAGGAGAAUACUGUACUUUUAUUCACGCUGUGUUCAAAACUGCCUUUGUGUGUCCUGUGAUCCGUGAACAAAACUCCCCCUUAGUAUGACACCGAUAGCAUUGGAUAGCAUUGCACCGGGGCGAAACGUUUGACAUCACCGGCUGUAGAUUCAUCAUUAGUGGAUCGGCUGUCGUCGGCUAAAGAAGAACAUGAUGAACGACGCGGCCAACAUAGCGACAACAUAGCGACUCAUAGCGUUAGCGCGGCGCUCAUUGUUAUUGCGGACAGCUUGUUUUCAGUGUGGAGGGACCACGAGGGAGUGGCCACCCACCGCGCAAUACAAUCAGUGGAGAGAGAUUCAGGCUUUUAUUGUGGCUGUCUGAGGGUUUGAAGGGAUGUGUUAUUGAAAUGAACAGACAAACACAACUGUCUCAUUAAGUAGACCCUUCUCUCACAAAAAAUAAAGCCUAAAUAGAAACACAUUGAUGCAUUGUUGCAGGAUGAGCAAUUAUGGAAAGAUUUGACUUCAUUUGAAGCCACUUUAUUGUUUUAGACACCUUGUACCCAUGAUGAUAGUGUCCCUCACACUACUUUCCAGUGCAUUUUAACCCCACGCUCGGCCUUUUUUAAACAAAACUUUAACUUAUAAACAAAACACUUUCAUUUCCAUUUUGCCACACUUUUACAGCCAUUGACACUAAGUGCCCAGUCCUAUCUUGUGGUGUCACUGGGUUCCCAUGCUUUUGUGUCGAUUAUUACAGGCUUGUAAAUGCUUUAUAUCGGAACAACAAGAAAUAAAACAAUAGAACUAGAGAUGAGAGGGAACUGAAGCAGUGCACAGGAAAUUGUGACACGAUUGUAUUGAACAAACUACACAAGAACGCACAUAUAUCGAUGAAUAGAGACAUCUGUAGUCAUUAUAUUACCAUAGUCACUCAACAUCAGUCAGCAUGUCCUAUGCAGGGAUAAGGGUGUACACGUCUCACAUCAAUGGGCAUUCUCUGUGUCUCCAAAACACAGCUGCUUUUGGUUCAUCGAUACAUUUUAUGUAGGUGUGAGAGCAAUCUGUUGGUGUAUUCUGGAACAUGCUGUUAAACAAAGUAUGUGUGUGCACAUGUGUGGUUUGAAGAUAGAUGGGUGAUGAUCGCAGUAUUGUUAGGCUACAGGGAAAUUGCAACAAUUAAACAGUGUUAAUAGUGAGCUAACACACAUAACAAAGUCACCUGCCUUCACUUUCUUAAUCUUUUUGUCAUAGUAUUCUUGCUACACAGUUGGCCUAUAUAAUAGUGGCCUAUUAUAUUCUAAGAUUAUCAGCAGUUGCAUGCCUUUUUGUUUACAGGAGUCACAGCUUUUUCCACAUCUCUCAUCUAUAACUAAUAACGAAGCCCCACAGAGCAUAUUCAGGUUUUCAGAUGGGUGAUGACCACAAUAUUAUAAGGCUACAUGGAAACCGGAACAGUUAGCAGCUAACGUGUUAUCUAGCAAAUAAACUCCUGUUUAAACCCCCAGAAGUCAGGGGGCCGAUUCGGGCACUUUUGUGGUUCUGACAUGCUGUGAUAUUUUUGAAAAUGUAAGCAACUUUAAACAAUGGUUCCAAGGUCAAAUGUAUUUGUUUUAAUUCUGCACAAGUGUAGGUACAAUAAUAUUUGAGUAGUAUGCAUGUCAUAUUUGUAUUUUUCUGUAAAAAUAAUCAAAUCAAAUAAUCAUACUGUGAAAAGUAGUUUUUUACUAAACCACAGUGACAAACUGUUUUGGUCACUUGAGGUGAUUCUUUAAGGUCUUGGGUAUGUUAUCAGCAUAAAAGCUCAAUCCAUAUGAACAAAUAAAUGGCCAUCUAGCAUUUAUGACCCUAUCAUUGUAGUAUUGAAAGGUAUCAGUAGAGGGCUAAUGGCCUUGACUGGAAACUAUCUGGAGAAGAGAAGGAGACACCUAUUGCAGUAUACACUAUAUACCUAAACAAGCAAUCGUAAAAUUCGGAUGGAUGGAUCAGGUUGGACGUGUCAGAGUUAGAGCGGUGUCGAUAUCUCAAAAGUGCUAGGAGCAGAAGUAGUCUCAAACAACGGGUGGAAUAGAGAAAAAGAAGAAGACAUUAAAGAAGCCUUUCUGCAAGAACGUGCGAAGUGUGAUUGCUCAACAGCCUGUUGUGAUUCAGAUUGUGGUCUGGGUUGAUUCUACCUCAGGCGAAAACAGUCUGAAAACAGCUAAAGAGAGAGGGAGACCUAUUCAUGCUUUACCUGGCAGUUUGCACUGCACCUCAUUUUCGUUUAUUUGUAUUGAAGGAGUUCAACUUUUUGAUGGCUGUAGUAGUAUUUCACUUUGCGUGUUCCUUCUGUUUGUA